AUGAGCAAAGAAGAUUAUGAAAGAGAUCGUAUACGAUGGCAACAAAAACUGGAUGAUACAUCGAAACGUUUAGCCGAUGCCGAAAUUGUCAAUUCCGAAAUGAAUCAAAUUAAAGCUGAAUUGAAUAAAAAAAUUGUUGAAAUGGAACGAAUUCAACGACCAUUGAUUGAACAAAAUCGUCGAUUAACUGAGCGAAAUCGUAUACUUCAAAAUGAAAUGAAACAUUGUGAGCAGAAAUUAUGUCACUCUCAGGAUGAUUUCUUAACGUUGAAGGAUGAUUACGAAAGGUUAGCUAAGGAUAAUCAGAACCUGAAAGAGAGAAGGGCUUUUCCUGAAAAACUGGAAGAAUUGGACAGGUAUAGAAAUCAAGUGCUGGAGUACUCCAAAUGUAUUACUGCAUUAAGGCAAGCAGGCUUGGAGAAGGAUCGUCGUUAUGAUUUGUUGGUUCAAAAAUUCAAAAGACUGAGGAAAUGUAUAUCUUCUCGAAAAAAUGGCGAAACUGAAGAGGACAGGCAAUCAUCAUUCGGUGGAUCUGAUUGCUCCGCUGAAAGUUCUAUCUCACUAAACACUAUUACAGAAGACUUGAACGAAGCACUAGAUAAAGAUAUUGAAAACGGUUAUCAGCAAAUCGCUCGCGAAGGUGAACAGCUUCGACGAACGUUAUCAGUACUGAAAACGGGUGAGUAUGCGCUUGAAGAUGAUCAGCUUCUAAGACAUCAGCUAAUUUGCGCCCAAACAACAAUUGCUCAACAGCAGGUUGUCAUCGAGCAGCAACAGUUACAAUCGGAAAAUACGAUGGAAUUGCUGGAUAGCAUCGCUAGACUACAGGAUCAGAUUGUGGAACAACGCUCCAAAAUGGAAAGUAUGGAAGCGGAACUUAUUGAGUCCAAAGAAAUGAACGAAUUAUUGGAAUUUCAAAUUCUAGAGAAUAAAGAAAACAUGGAGCAUGAAUUUGAGGAACGACAAACAUUGAAAGAGUCAGUAAGCAAGGAUACAAUGACGGAUUUGUGGAUCAGUGAGGAAGAUGAAUGCACAUUUCUUAGUCAAAUGUCACCUUUAUCAGAUUUUGGAGAAGCUUGCAAUCGGAAAUGUGAACUGAUCAAUCUACGUCGAUCAGCAUCGUUAAAUAUAAAACAAAGAGAGCUUGUGCAACAAGUGCUCACAUAUAUUGAACAUUUGGAAGACCAAUUGUUACAUCUCAAAAUAGACACAGAACAGAAAAUGUAUCAAUUUGCACUGAAAGAAACUGAAAGUGCGACAAAAAUACAAAAUCUUGAGGAGCAAGUUGAGCAAUCAUACUCAAAGCAAAAAAAGAGGAAUGACUUACAAAUGGAAGUAGAGAUGUUGCGGAAGCGAGAACUUGAGCUUGAUUCAGAGAAGCAAAUGCUGAAUGGUGAAGUAAAUAGAAUGUCCAAAGAAAUGGGUAAAUUAAGAUAUCUAUUGCAACAGAAGGAUGAACAGCUAAUUCUACAAGGCGAUAAAAGUUCUGAACAAGAAGGUCGAAUUGCUAAGCUGAAAACUGAGAUGCAAUGUUGUAUGGAUGAAAAUAAUGAGUUACGUUGCCAGAUACGAGAGCAUACCGAAUCCUUACAACAGUUCAAGGAAAAUCUGGCAAAGAAAGAGGAAGAAAUGAAAUUGCUGGAAAAGAAAAACGCUAGAUUACAGGUGGAGCAUAGCACUGCUUUGGAUGAAAUACAACGAUUAAAAGAUGAUAUAAGGCCUGAAAUAAAGACAGAUUUGGAACGUCGUUUUGAAGAAUAUCGCUAUCGUCUUUCAUGCGCUUUGAAAACAGUGCAUGAGUAUGAAGAUGAAAUUUCAAAGCUGAAAAGUCGUGUAGCCAAAUUAGAAUCAGAAAGACAGGAAAGAAAUGAUAAUAGUGUGAUAGAAUUAGAACAAAUUCGUGAAUACAGCGAACAACUUGAAGAACAAUUUACAGCUCAGGUUGGUAUCAUCGAAGCGCUGAAGCGGAAAAUUAUGCAGCAAAAAGCGCUCGCUGAUUUUUUAUGGAACAUGACAGAAAGUGAUGAAUUAAGCUUUGCAAAAGUGGAAGAUAAUCUAACGAGAUUCAAGUUAUCACAGCAAGAUGAAAUGGAUUGUCAGUUGACCGAUGCUGUUCAGAAAUUGUUAAGGCUUGUGUCAGCUAAUUGUUCCUAUAGCUAUGAAAUAAAAAAAAAACCGUUAUCAACUACUGUUACUUAA